CAGCAGAAGACAUCGCAACGCGGGAGCCACGCGGGAAGCUCGAAGUCUUCCGGAACUACUACCUGAUCUCUCGUUCCAGACCAUACUCUCAGAGCAAGAAGAAAGCGAGCAGGGGGAUUAUGAGCGAGAACACAAUGAGCAGGAAUCACCUCAACCCCUAUCGAUCCCCGACCCCGCAGGCUUCUACAUCCUGGUGUUCAAGAACGCGACGGUCACGUUUUCCCCGACCGGGUUGCGCCCAUGUAUCCCGCGUUCGGGAGCGAAUCCGCAGAUCGCAGGAUUAUCCCGUUAGGGCUGUGUCGAGUGACUGGAUCUGCUACGCUCUGAUCGACGACAUAAUCGACAUCUUCACCCCCUACAUGCGCGCGACCGAGCAAACCGCCGACCUCAUCGAAGACCAGGUCUUGAUCGCGCGCGGCGACGACAUCAAAGCCCUCAUCCCUCAUCCCUCAUCCCGCAAGUCAACCACCUCCGCAAGAGCAUCGCGCAGCUCACCCGCCGGCUCAGCGGGAAAUACGACGUGCUGAACGGGUUCAUCAAGCGGUGCCAGGCCCUUGCCAAGGAUCCUAACUGGGGUGCGUGCUCGAACACGGGCUUCAUUUUUUCCGCCAACACCACCCCCAAUCCUGAUAAUACCACCACCCCCAAACCCACCGACCUAACAAUCUACCUUGACGGGGCUGGUUGGGAUGAAUGUCCUGGUGCACGGGCAGGAUGCGGACGGGUUGGGCUGGUUUGGGGGUGUUGUGGGGGCGUUUGUGGUUUUUGU